AUGCCUGUGCGUCAUCAUUCCCCUCGAUCCUCACCUCACAGACACUCAGCAAGUGGUCAGGCUCACGCCGUGCCAUCGCCAUCUAAUGAGGCUACCUGUCCUACCUCGGUGGAGUGCAUCUCCCAUGUUCGAGUUUGGCUUGCCGCGUAUGAGAACUGGGAUUUGGAGCGGAUGUACAAUCUUGCGACCUCACUUGGGGACUUUGAAUACUCGUAUUUCCCCGCAUCGGCCGGUAUUCCGCCUAAAUCGUUGAAGGCUGAAGUCUUGAAAAUCUAUGAGUGCAAUGGAUGUGUCGUUACGCAUGUUGUUGGCCGCGCAACUUCGCGCUUUGGGACGCCAUUCCUUCAAGAAUAUGUACUGUUCCACCAUUGUCGGUACGAACUUGACGCCCUCAGCUCUGAGCGCUCCAUCAAGAUCCACAAAGUAGAGGAAUUUGUCGAUACCCACUUCUCCAGGACAUUUUUUGCGGGGGAGAAGGCGGAAGAAAAGGAGAUCAAGAACCAAUUGCAAAUCACGAAUGGAGGGUCCAAAGAACCGCGUUCGACUUCAACGUCCAUGUCGGCUGGUCGAAGAUACAACACGAGCAAACUUUGA